AUGCAGACUGCUUCUACAAACAUUUGUGAAAGAAUUAGUCGCUCUCAGGAGCUCAGUGAAUUCAAGCGUGGUACCGUAAUAGGUUGCCACCUGUGCAAUAAGUCCAUCCGUGAAAUUUCCUUGCUACUAAAUAUUUCACGGUCAACUUUUAGUGGUAUUAUAACAAAGUGGAAGCAACUGGGAACAACAGCAAUUCAGCUUCGAAUGAGCGGGGUCGGUGCAUGCUGAAGCGCACACUGCGCAGAAGUCGCCAACUGUCUUCAGAGGCAAUAGCCAAACACCUCCAAACUUCAUGUGGCCUUCAGUUUAACACAUCAGUAUGUAGAGAGCUUCAUGGAAUGGGUUUCUAUGGCUGA